CCGGGGCGGGGAUGACCGGGGCCGCCCCCGUUGCCCCGCGGCGCCUUAAUAGCGGCCCCGGCGACCCCCGCGCUGCCCGCCGCGAUGCUGCCCGCCCACCGCCGAGGCCGCCCGGGGCCCGCGGGCCGCGCCCUGCGGGGCGGCCUCGCCUUCUACGUGCUGUGGGCUCUGCGGGAGCCGCCGCGGCGCCUCGGCAGCCAGUCCAGCAAGAUGGGUUUCCAGGCUUGGCUGCCCCUGCCUUUGCCAAAGCAGCUGGUGGUGUUCAGCCUGGGAGACUGGAGCUGUUACUCUCCAGACACGAGCAUCGCAGUGGAAGUGCUGGUGUCCCCAGGCGUCGCACCACAGCGCAUUGGCACGCUGGAGCCCACACGCAGGUUAUGGCAGGAGCUGCUAGGAUGUCAGGAAGGGCAUACUGGAAAAGCUUUCUGAUCUCUGGUGCUGCCUGCUUCUACUGGUCUCUGGUGUGGGAAGAUGACUGGAGAAUGGAUAUUUUCAUGGCCUCAUUGAAAGAGAUGGACAAAGGCAACCCUGUGAGGCUUGUCCUGACUGUCAAUGGACAGCUGCUCCGAGGGGUCUCCAGCAGUACACCUGCCCACCCCUUCCUUGUCCCAGAGACUACUCACUCACCAGUGUUUCCAGCAGAUGAUAGACCUGUUGGCCAGGAUCUGGAGGAUCCUAUUGAGGUUAAGAGCCAGAGCUCAGAGGUGGCUGCUAGAGGAUCCAGGCCUGGGAGGAAGGAUGUCCAUGCACCACUGAGGGCCCUGGUAGUACCCUAUGCCCUGAAGCCACCAUCUGGCAAGGUGAAAUCCAAUGAGACCUGGAGGAAUAGUCCUGUCCAAGGACCACCAAGAGUCCACUCCAAGAAGCCCAGGAAAGUUUUAUUUGAACCCACAGCAUCUGAGAGAGGUCUUGAUGAAGAAGGCCAUCUCUGUGUUCCCUCUGCAGAUCUGGCUGUGAAGGAGUUGCAAGGCAGUCCCAGCCCUCGGUGGUGCCAUGCCAUGUGCCUCAGUGACCUGGGGACAGCUGUUCUGAUUGGUGGAGAAGGUGUCGAUCAGCAGUCCUGCAAGGAUGUGCUCUGGAAGCUGGAAAUUGACAGCGAUUUGUGGCUUCCAGUGGGUUUCCAGCUACAAAACACCAUGCCAUCAUGCUUGCAUGGUCACACAGCUACCUAUGACCCUGACACCAAGCGUAUCUACAUCUUUGGGGGCAUAAGGGAGGACAAAGACUACAGCAGCAUUUACAUUCUGGACACGGUCACCUGGAAAUGGCUCCUCGUGGCUGCUAAAGGGAGGAUACCAGUGCUUACCUACCACAGUGCAACUAUCUACCAAAAGGAGCUCUUUGUUUUUGGAGGAACUUUCCCCAAAAAGGCAUCACUGGCAGUUGGACCCUGCAGCAAUGUACUCUAUGUCUUCAAUCCAGAGCAUGAAAUUUGGUAUCAGCCCAUCUCAGAAGGGGAGAAGCCUCUGCCUAGGUUUGGGCAUUCAGCUACUCUACUGAAAAACAAGCUGCUGAUUUUUGGGGGUCGGAGGACUUCUCUUUACCUCAGUGACAUGCACAUUCUGGAUCUGGGUUUCAUGGAGUACACACCAGUCCCCCUACUCGCAGGACAGCCUUCUGCACGUUGUUUCCAUGCAGCUCUGGCUGUGUCAGACCAGAAGGUUCUGAUCAGUGGAGGCUGCAAUGCCAUGGGAGCCCUGCAUGAUGCCUUUGUCUUCCACCUAGAUACUCUUUCAUGGAGCACAGUGAUCCACCAUGACCUCUGUUCUGUGCCUCGAGCUGGCCACACAUUGCUUGACCUGACUCCCACCCACCUGAUAGAUGUGGACAAGGAGAAGACAGAGGAGCACAGCCUGCACACGGUGUUGGUCUUUGGGGGCUCCAACUGUGCAGGAACCUUCUACAACAGCACAGUCAAGAUCAAGCUGGACCUAGGAUAAUGCAGAAUACUCAGAAUGAGCCUGACAGCAAGGGCUUUUCACCAGCCUAAAUGCAGACAUGGAUGGCAAUAAAUGAGCCCAAGCAAUGUUGUGGUCCAAGUAUCUGUAUGUAGGUGAAUGCCACAUUGGCACAAGAGACUGGAGGUUUGUAACAUCUUUCGGAAGGCUGUAGGUAUUGUUAUCUUAGGGUAGCUGAUAUACAGUAUCAGACUGGCAGAAAUUCCAUCCCCUAUGGAUGUCUUGGUACUUGGGCUCAAGUGCCAAAACAUUCAGUGAGAUCUGAUCUAAGCCUCCACAGGAACACAGACACAAAGAUCUGGUUUUCCCUUCUUGCCCUACAGGUUUUUGGGCUGGAGUUCCUGGAGUGCUUUCAACUCUGAAGGUGACUGAGGUGUUUUGUUUCAUUUGGGAUGAGUGGAAUGGGAUUUACUCCUGCCACUUGGAAAGUCCUCAUAGUGAAAGUAUGAUUCUGGUUUUGAGGGAACCUGAAUGGGAUUCCCUUAGGAAAUAGUCUGCAGCUGAAAACUAGGAAAACACCUGGAACAGUGUUUGAGGGAAAAGGAAUGUAAUUUUCAGUGUAUGGGAGAAAGUUGUUUGUGCCUUGCUGACUAUGGCACAAUCAUUUAGUGUUGCUCUAGACAGACCUUUAUGAUAAAUUCUGUGUGACUGCUGCUACAUAAGGAAUAGGUACAAGUCCUCUGUCCCAGGUAGUAAUUCUCUUAUUUGCAAGGGGUGGCAGAGUUGCUGACUUAGCUCUUUCAAGAUCCAUGAGACCAAACAAAGGUUAGAAUUAAGCUGUCUUCCCUCAGAGACUAACUCUUACUGUUUAUAUCCAUGGCACUGAUGACUAUGCCAUAGGUCUGAGGCAGCUCCAAGGACAAGCACAGUGUAUACACUGAUUCCUUGAUGCUCUUUCUGUAGAUGGUAGAAAGAAGCUGCACCCAUGGGGAGUCCAGAAUUGGCUCAAUGCCUCACAGUUGUUUGUGGCCAAGUUCCCCAACCCAAAGCCAUACAAAGGGAACUUAUGAUAAUUACGGAUGCUUCUGCUUUAAUCUGCUUCAUGGAGAUAGAUUAGAUAGAACAAACUAGUAGCUGUAAGCAUUCCAGCACAGGCAUACUCC